AUGACUUCUCUGGUGACAUCAGCUCUAGAUCGAGUGCGCAACUAUGCCGGCGCAGUCGCUUGGGGCCCCUUAGUUCAGACGUCCCGAUCAAUCAUCCUCUCUUUGCUUUCCCAGAUCAAACAGGGUCGCCUCACCGUAAUCGAAAGAGACGGCACAAGUACGGUUUGCGGAGAUGCAAAAGGAGAUAAUGUCAAGCCUGCGACUGAGUUGCGCGUCGUCCGAGACUCUUUCUGGGUGCGCCUGGCACUCUUUGCCGAUAUGGGUUUCGCAGAAUCCUUCAUGUUAGGAGAUGUCGAAUGUCCAGAUUUGACGGCUUUCUUUCGAGUCUUCAUCUUGAACCGCAAUAAGCUCGCAAAUGCCUCCACAAUCACCUCCUCCAUAUCCUCUACCAUCAGCGCUUUCUUACGUCGGACGAAUACCCUGGCGAAUGCUCAAUUGAACAUCAGUGCUCACUAUGAUAUUAGCAAUGCAAUGUUCGAGGCAUUCCUUUCCCCAGACAUGACCUACUCUUGCCCGAUUUGGAAGCCAAUAUCGGACCUCCAGCCCGGUAAAAAAGAAGAAUCUCUCGAGGAGGCGCAGAUGCGAAAACUUGACAGGUUCAUCGAUAAUGCAAAGAUCAAAUCCACCGAUCAUGUUCUCGAAAUCGGUACAGGAUGGGGCAGUCUUGCCAUACGAGCCGUGCAGAGGACAGGCUGUCGAAUAACCUCCCUCACCCUCAGCCGAGAACAAAAAGACCUUGCCGAUCGUCGAAUAGCCAAAGCCGGUCUGACAGAGAACAUUGAAGUGUUACUAUGUGACUACCGAGCCUUGCCAAUGCCCCGCGAAGGACCAUAUGACAAGGUGAUCAGCAUCGAGAUGAUCGAAGCUGUUGGAAGGGAAUUCCUGACCACAUAUUUCGAAUGUGUUCACAAACUCCUAAAGCCAGAAGGAGGUAUUGCAGUCUUCCAAUGUAUUACAAUGCCGGAGUCAAGAUAUGAAGCAUACUCCAAGGGCGAUGACUUUAUUCGCAAAUACAUCUUUCCCGGAGGUCACUUGCCGACAGUUUCGCAAUUGGUGGAUUCUAUCAAUAAAGGGAGUUCAAGUCUGUUGGUGGUGGAUGCCAUCGAGAAUAUUGGUCCUCAUUAUGCAAAGACAUUGAGGUUAUGGAGAGAAAACUUCCAGAAGAAUUUCGAUACACGGAUUCGACCAGCAUUGCUGGCUGAGCAUGAAGGCAUGACUUCCAGUGACGUGGCUCUCUUUCGACGGAAGUGGGAGUACUACUUCACAUAUUGUGAAGCUGGUUUCAAUACCAAAACUCUCGGUGAUGUGAUCAUUACAGCGGCUCGCGAAGGUGCCAUGGAGACGAUGGAGGAAGUACCUUUAUGA